AGUUUCCACGCUGAUGUUCCAAGGGGAGUUUUUGGAAGAAAARGAAAAUUAAAAAUAGGACGGUGUGCGGUCAGCGGCUCAGCCCCGACCCGUGAGAGAAACGAUUUCCUGCGUGAAAGGAGAAGUGAAAGGAACAAUAAAGGCAUUUCUGAAUAAAAGCAUUUAUAGCUGCACGUACAGGUGGGGAUGUUAGAGUCGGGAAUUCAGGAAUACUAAGUAGUCAGGAAGCGGAAUGAGCAAAAAAGGAUGAGCUGGCAGUUUAAGAAGUGCGGUUGAGGCCAGAACGGUGGCCGCGCUGUCGCUGUCACCUCCCCCGGGGCCGAGGCACCUGCAGGAAGCGGAGCAGCCGCGGGGCCACAGCGGCCCUGGGGGAAAGCGGAACCGCCCCGUCCCCGUCCCCGUCCCUGUCCCUGUCCCCGUCCCCGUCCCUGUCCCUGUCCCUGUCCCUGUCCCUGUCCCUGUCCCCGUCCCUGUCCCCGUCCCUGUCCCCAUGGCCGAGCACGGCCCCGCCGGGAGCCUCCGCGCUGAAGCCUCCUGCUCGCUGUGCCUCGGCCUCUUCCAGGASCCCGUGUCCAUCCACUGCGGCCACAACUUCUGCCGGGGCUGCAUCGAGCGCUGCUGGGAGAGCUCCCGGGAGAGCUUCCCGUGCCCGCGGUGCCGGGAGACAGCGCCGGAGCGGAGCCUCCGACCCAACCGGGAGCUGGCCAAGAUCAUCGGGAUCGCGCAGCGCCUCAGCCUGCGCGCCGGGUCCAGGAGAGCCGAGGGGCUCUGUCAGAGGCACGGCGAGGCUCUGAAGCUUUUCUGCGAGGAGGAGCAGAUCCCCGUGUGCCGCGUGUGCCGCGAGUCCCGGGAGCACCGGCUCCACGCCGCCGUCCCCAUCGAGGAGGCGGCGGAAGAGCACAAGGAGAAAUUCCAGGCUCAGGUGCAGAUCCUGAAGGACAGGAGAGAGAAGAUGCUGAGGCUGAAAGCGGCUGAGGAAGGGAAAAGCCUGGACCUGCUGGAGCGGGUGGACGCGGAGCGGCAGAAGGUCCGGUCCCGGGUGAAGGAGCUGCAGCAGCUCCUGGAGGGGCAGGAGCGGCUCCUCCUGGCUCGAAUGGCCAAGCUGGACCGGGAGAUCGUGCGGCGGCAGGAGCAGAGCAUCAGCAGCCUCUCGGAGCAGAUCUCCUUCGUGGGGCAGCAGAUCCAGGAGCUGGAGGACAAGUGCCAGCAACCGCCUUGGGARCUCCUGCAGGACAGCAGAGACAUCCUGAGCAGGCUGGAGAAGCAGAACGCCUCAGAACCAGUGGAGACAUUGCCAGAGGUGGCAGAGGAUCCCACGGGGCUGCCCCAGAAAAAUUCCACCCUCAAAGAGAUGCUGAGGAAGUUCCAAGCGAGCCUCACGCUGGAUCCAGACACAGCCCACCCCCGGCUCGCCCUGUCCCAGGACGGCAAGAGCGUCUGGUGGGAGGACACGCGGAGAGCUGUCCCGGAGCACCCCAAACGCUUCGACUCCUCGCGCUGCGUCCUGGCCCGCCAGGGCUUCGGCUSCGGCCGCCACUACUGGGAGGUGCGGGUGGGCAGCGGGGCCGCCUGGGCCGUCGGCGUGGCCAAGGAGUCCRUGCGCAGGAAGGGCCGGAUCAGCGUGAAGCCCGAGCUGGGGAUCUGGGCUGUGGGGCAGUGCGGGAGCCAGUGCCAGGCUCUCACGUCCCCCACUGUCCCCMUCUCCCUGCCUGAAGCCCCCGAGGUGGUUGGGGUCUACCUGGACUAUGAGUCCGGGCGAGUGGCGUUCUUUGAUUCCCAGAGGGAGAUCCCAAUGUUCACGUACCCUCCCAUGUCCUUCGGCGGGGAGCAGGUGCUGCCCCUGCUCUGUCUGGGCAGGGGGUGCCAGUUCACGCUCUCCCCUUGACCUCCCCGCCAUGGGCGGCUCAACCGGGGGCGUUUCUGGGAGGAAAAUUCCCUUCUCUGUCAUUUCUGCCAACGAGAAUCCAUGAUUAGUUCAGAGAGAUGCUGAUCCAAGGGAGAGACUUUCUGUGCCAGGGCCAUGACGAGGGGGAGGAGGAGAGCGGAAAAGGACAGAAAAUAAAGGGAAAUUGGGCAAAGAAUGGGAACAAUUGGGGCGAUCAGAGCAAUGCCACCUGAGGCAUUUCCUGGGACCUGGACAUCUGGAUGCUUGGACAUCUGUGGUGCACCACCAUCAUCUCCUGGGGCCCAUCAGGAUCAUCUCCCUGCACCUGCAUCCACCACAGGCUUUUCCUGGAGCUUGGACACGCGGGGUCCAUUGGGGUAAAAUCCUGGAGUCCAUUGGGGUCAGAAUCUGGGGUUCAUCGGCUUCAUCUCCCGGGGACUUUUGGGGCCGAACUCCCGGGUCCAUCUGGAUCAUGUCCCGGAGUCUGUUGGAGCCGUAUUCCCAAAUAAAUCUGAGUGGAGAUCGAAUCCCGGGAGCACCGGGAUCGCCCGUACCCAAAGCAGGAAUUC